AUGUGGAUGGAGGUCAGGACACUCUUUGUGAGCGGUCUGCCUCUGGAUAUCAAGCCUCGGGAGCUUUACCUGCUGUUCAGGCCAUUUAAGGGAUAUGAAGGGUCUCUCAUAAAACUCACAUCUAAGCAGCCCGUGGGCUUCGUUAGCUUUGACAGCCGCUCCGAGGCAGAAGCUGCCAAGAACGCUCUGAACGGCAUCCGCUUCGACCCCGAGAUUCCCCAGACGCUCCGCCUGGAGUUUGCCAAGGCGAACACCAAGAUGGCCAAGAGCAAACUGGUGGGCACGCCGAACCCCAGCACGCCUCUGCCCAACGCCGUACCUCAGUUCAUCACCAGGGAGCCGUAUGCGCUGGCUCCCUCCUUCCGAGGCUGCUUCUCAGGGCUGGAAGUCCCGUCAGUUCUGCUGAAUGCCGUGUCUCAGGUGUGUGAUGGUGGCCUACAGUCAGUCUUGUGGGUAUUAACGGAGUCUUCCAAGGUGGCUACUGGGUUCUCGAGCUCUCCACAAAACCACAGUGUGCUGGCUUGAAAAAACCCUCACAAGUUUGGAUUCCUCCAAGACUUUCCCACAGCCUCUAUCACACAUCUGCUCUCCUAGAAGAAAAGGAAAAGCAUACUUAGUAAUAAUAUUUUCUUCUUUUACACUGUAUAUUUGUAAGAAAGUUUUUUUGUUUACUUCUGAAAGCAUGGUUUGACAGGCAUUGCUGUAGCGUUUGAAAAGUAUUUUCAAACAGAACCAUAGGAAAGCAGACUACAAAAGCAACGCAAGAGCAAGUAUUUUUGUACCAAACCUUUUAAAUAGGACAAUCUUACACUGGGUUGGACCACAGUUUUUGUGCUUGACUUCCGAAUGCGUGUACUGAAGGGUGUCUCUUCGCGCCGU